AUGAAGAAUAUUUGGCACAGGAGGAAUAAGUUCGUUUUUGAAAAGAAAUUCUUAUCUCCGGCACAGGUCGUACAGUUUUCUAUUGCAGGCCACGAAGAUUAUAAGGAAGCGAGAAGGAAGGGGGAAGGAGGGCCAAAGGCUGGGGGUGAUGACAGAAGAGUUCUGAGAUGGAGAAGGCCAGAGGGCAGAAGCCUGAAGGCUAAUUUUGAUGCGGCCUUAAAUGAAACACUUUACUUAAUAGGAGUUGGGAUUGUUAUUAGAGAUCAUAACGGUGAAUUGGUUGCUGCAAAAUGUGCUAACAGAAGAUAUUCCAGCUCUUCCUUUGCUGCAGAGAGUACGGCACUAUGGGAGGCAAUGGAGAUGUGCAAGGAAUUGGGGUUAUGGGAUGUCUAUUUUGAGGGGGAUGCAAAGGAGGUGAUCGAGUCAGUAAAGAGAGAAGGGGAAAACGAUUCUCGGCAUGGUCAGAUAAUUGAAGAUUUGCAGCAGUCUCUGAAAUCUUGUGGAUCGUGGAAGCUGGGGUUCAGUCAUCGUGAAGGUAACGAAGUGGCUCAUCACUUGGCAAAGAUGGCACUGUAUUGCAGCAAUGAUCAAUACUUGAUGGAAGAGGGUCCUGAGUCUAUAAAUGUUUUGCUGGAAAAUGAUAAGUUGUAUAGUCAAACUGUUACUUGA